GAGGCAUAAACCUUUAGCUUUUGGCAGUCUUAAACAAAAUGAAAGGAAUGGGAAUGAAAUUACUUACAUGCUUCUUAUUCAUCUUAUGCACUCAUGCCGUUUCAAUCUUGGCCCGCACGAGCGUCUACGAGUUAGAACACGAACAUGGUGUAGAAGGAAGAGAAAUUCAUGUGAGGCGUGCUGGUGUGGGUGGCUCAGUCAAUGUGUAUGGAGAAAAAUACGAAACGGAUGAUUCAAGGAAGAACCAAAGAGGGAAAGGGGCAAAUGGUGGUGCAGAUGUAGGUCAUCGACGCCCAACUGAGAAAAGUAGUGCAACACCAGUGCUCGCAAGGUCCCAGCAGCCUUUUCUCAUCACUAAAACCAUGCUGCAAGUAACCUCUGCUUUGAUUCUUGUUCUUCCCUUUCACUUACUAUGACAUAUUCCGAUUCGUCGGAGACAUAUACUGAAUAUGAGGGUAGGUUUGUUUUUGUUUGGCCGAUAAGCUUUGCUUUGUUAAUUGGGAAUUUCUCACAUUUUCUAUGGUUAUUAUCUGUUAAUCCUAUUUGUUAUAAUUAAUCCUAUUUGGGUAAGUUUACAGAAAUUGUUUUUACGCUUGUACCAGGAUUGUUGUGUAUAAUUAUAAACAGUACUUCAGCAUUCUCUUA